AUGGUCGACCUCCUCGACUUCCUCAAGGCUCACGAGGAAGCGUUCCGUAGUCGUGCUCGUCUAGCAUCCCUCUAUUCCGAUUUUCGUUUUCAGCGGACCACCAAUCUCGAUGGCUACGAAGCCAAUUGCGCAGCAUGGCAGCGGGCUCUCAGCGCCGCUGCACAAGCCGGCGUGAUCCCGUCCGCCGCACAUUCGAACGAUCGCUACGUACUGCACACAGACGAUUCGCUGUUGAGCGCCUUACAAACAGCUGAACUCGGCAGACCGCUGGCUUUGGGCGCUGCGGUUGACGAUGCGGUUAAGCAGAAACAGUUCGUUCCUGUGGGGGACUUUAUGACUGCGAAGACAAGCUUAUAUGCGAAGAGCUGGGUACCCUCUCCAUGGCAGAUCGCGGGUUGGGGUCUGCGACAACUAGGCUUGACUGGUGGAGAGAGCAGUGGCGAGGACAGACUUGUUAGAGGAGAAUUCGUGAUUGUUGCGAAUGUGGAGGCUGCGGCAAAAGCGGUCCUCGAUCAUGUGUCAUCGAUUUCGACUUCGAAUACAUCAGGGAUCUUCUCACGAGAGCUCUUCGCUCAGACAUUUCGCCCCGUUCUGGGCGAUAAAGCGCUCAGUCCCAACGAUACCAAAGUGCUUCUCACACAUCUCGCUCGUGACCGACAAGCAAUCUCGUACUCGCCCGAAACUGGAACUAUUAAAUUUAAACCAGCCUCUUCGACGACUCUACAACCUGUAACCGAGGAGGAUGUUUCCAUCGCAUCAAUCCGCACUCUCCUGGCUGGACUUCAACCUCAAAUCGACUCCCUCACCGAGAGGUUCGAUGCUCUUGAUCUCAAAGCCCGCGAAGCUGUCAGCAAGAAGCAACCAAUCGUCGCCAAAACAGCGCUCCGGCAGAAGAAGGCCGUAGAGGCCGCCAUUCAGCAACGUUCGGCCACCUUGCUCCAACUUGAGGAUGUCUACGCCAAGAUCGAGCAAGCUGCCGACCAGGUCGAAAUCGUCCAUGUCAUGGAGGCAGCCGGCAAGACGCUCAAAUCCCUGAAUGCGCAGACCGGUGGCGUAGAAAAGGUCCAAGACGUCAUGGAAAGCCUGCGCGAGAGCAUGUUGGAUGCAGACGAAAUCGGCACUGCCCUCAACGAAAACGCAGCCAACGCCAUCGACGACGGCGAAGUCGAGGACGAAUUGGAAGCCAUGGAGUCUGCCGAACGAGAGAAGCGUGAGGCUGUAGAGAAACAGCUGAACGAGGUGAGAGAGCAGAAGGCCCGCGCCGAGAAAGAGAAGCAAGAGGCUGAUGAAGUGGAGGCUCUGAGCGCGAGACUUGCGGAACUGGACUCUCUGGGCACCAGACCUGCGGAACUUGCAUCGCCGAAGGUUGCACAGAAGGAAGGUGCUGGCGAUGCAUAA